AUAGAUUUAGCUUCCUUCCCAUCAAAACAAUUGUAAGGGUUUAUUUUAUUCUCUCUACGCUUUAGGUUACAUGGUGCACGGGACCACUGGCUUAUUCUUCUUUCUUAUACAAGAUUUAAAGCUGGUCUUUUUAGCUGUUUCGAAAAUUCUGAAGAGCAGAAAAUGGCAACUGCGCCUGAAAAUGCAACGAAGGAGGUCAAUGAAGACCCGAAGAUCGAUUUGUUUGAAGACGAUGACGAAUUCGAAGAGUUCGAAAAUGAAGAGUGGGAUGAUAAGGAAGAUGAGAAAGAAGCUUUACAACAGUGGGAGGAUGAUUGGGACGAUGAUGAUGUCAAUGACGAUUUCUCCCAGCAACUAAGAAGGGAACUUGAGAGCAAUCCAGAAAAAAAAUAGGAUUAUGCUAGUCUCUCCAAUGUUAUUGCUUUGCUUAUGGAAAAGGCCUCGAAUGAUAGAUCUAGGUAUAAACAAGCAAAUAGAAGAACCUAUUUCAGUUGAAUGUGGGUCCUAUUAUUAUUCAGAUCAUAUUUACAUUGAGUAAAACAAUUAAAUCAUUAGAGACUAUCUUGUGUCAAUGAUUAUUUACAUCCAGAAGUUUUAGUA